AAGUGAACGGCGUUGAAGCGGACCAUUAUAUCACAAAGGACGAGGAGCAGGCCGGAACAAAAUUUUAAAACAGGAAGUAGUUGCGUCGUGUAUAUCCUGCGUUUCAGGCAGCGGGAGGAAAUACAGGAUACAUACGGAAUCUGAUGCAUACAAAUAAGAGGAGAAAUCGCUUCUGAGAUUCUGUCAACCAAGAUUGCCCACUUGAUUUGAGUCAAGUUCAAGGAAAAGCAAGCAGAUUGAUUGCAGUGUGUUUUUUGUAUAUUAACUCAUACAGAGGAACACGUGCCAGCUGUUCUAGGAAAGCUGCCCAUUUGCAACAUGAAUAAUAUGUUUGGGAGUCAGCAACCCGGCCAAUUCCAGCCCCCAGCCAGCAGUGUCAGUGGGGUGUUUCAGCCUCUCCAGCCCACAGUCAGCGGGGUGUUUCAGCCUCUCCAGCCCCCAGCCAGCAGUGUCAGCGGGGUGUUUCAGCCUCUCCAGCCCUCAGCCAGCAGUGUCAGCGGGGUGUUUCAGCCUCUCCAGCCCCCAGCCAGCAGUGUCAGCGGGGUGUUUCAGCCUCUCCAGCCCCAAGCUAGCAGUGUCAGCGGGGUGUUUCAGCCUCUCCAGCCCCUAGCCAGCAGCGUCAGCAGUAUGUUUCAGUCUCAGACUGGGGAGAAUCCUAGUUUUGGGCAAACAUCUGGAUUUGGGCAGCAAACAGCAUUCAGCCAGCCUGGAGGAUUUGGGCAGCAGAUGGGAUUUGGGCAGUCAUCCGGGUUUGGUCAAACACCUGCCUUUGGACAGUCCUCUGGAUUGGGGCAGAACCCAGUGUUUGGCCAGUCAACUGGAUUGGGGCAAAGCAGGGGGAUGACACUUGCAGCUGGACAAGGACAGGGACAGCCACCCUCGUACACACAGUCAACCAGGCUGAGAGAGACCGUGGCAUUUGGGACACCAUCAAGACUGGGACAGAGUACUGCAGGGUUUGCGCCACCACCAUCAUACACACAGUCAACUGGUUUGGGGCAGAGCACAGUGUUUGGACAGUCACCUGGAUUUGGACAGAACCAAGGAAAGCAAUCCGCACUGGGGCAAUCCCCUGGAUUUACACAGCCAUUUGCCGAAUCAACUGGAUUUCCCCAGAGCUCUGGGUUUGGACAGUCUUCUAGCUUCCCACAGGUUUCCUCAGUACCUGUCCCCUGCGCUGAGUCAGGGCAGGCCAUGAGGUUUAGCCAGCCAGUGGUGUCUAGUUUCCGGCAGCCUCCAGCAUUCGGGCUGACCAGCAGCACUUCCUCCAAUGCAGUGUCAACUCUGGGCAGCCAGAGUGUCACUUUCACACUCCCCUCCUCCUCCACCACAGGGAUCUUCUCUAAACCCUCUUCUUCCAUCGGAAAAACAAAGGAGGCUCCCUGCAGCUUUGGUAACUUUAAAUUCAAGCCCUCAGACACAGCUGUCUUCAAACCCAUCUUCAGCGUUAGCCCAGAGCCAGCUAAUCCACAGCCUGCUGCCAGUGUGGUGAGCAGCAGUUCAGGUUUCUCCCUUCUGAGUGGGAGCACAGAUGCAGUCCCGGGGUUCACCUUUUCAAAACCUUCAGCACCCCCAUCUAACAACAGUGUCGGUGCCAAUGUCUCCCAGGACAGCAGCCUUGAAUUCAAUUUCUUACUGCCGACAGCCCAUGCUACUAGCCAAACAUUUGUCAGCACCACCAGUGCAUCAACCUUCAGCUUCUCCGAAAAGGUUGUUGAUGUCCCACCAGCAACCCGACCCCCCUUUGGUAGCACUGGUAGUGGGUUUGAGCAGCCAAGCAACACCUCUGCGUUUGGCAAGCUGGGCAAAUCAGAGGCAGCUGCAGGAGGAGAAGAGGAAGUUGGCAGUGAGGGCCAAGGGGAGGUGGCCUUUGGAGGCCUGGGGAAGGGAACGAAAAGAAAAGAGGAGUCAGUAGAGCGACCACCACCCCAGGAAGAGAGCUCUAAAGGCAGUCGUGAUGAACCCCGCUGCCCUCCCAAGCGGCCAUUGUUAAAGUCCCGCGGUCCUGCGCGGGGGCUAUUCCACUCUGCCCUCAGCCAUGUUCUGAAAGAGUCGGGCCAUUCUGUGAACAGGGAGUCCAAGAGACAGCAGCAGUGGGAGGAGAUGAACACCCAUUUAGAAGCUCCAGCACCUCACCCUGCCCCACAGCCUUCCACAACGCCUCCCAGAGCACGGGUCUCCAGCAGAGAGGAAAGAGCAAUGGAGGAGCCAGAAGAAGACACUCGGAGCCCCUCUCGCAGAUCCCGACGCACUGAGAGUACUGACAGCCUUGGGGGUGCCUUGCCGAACGACCUCACAGCCAUCCAGUGCAAGAACGUCCCACCUCAUCUGAAUAAAAAGGAGAUCAUGGAGAAGCAUUUCAGCCGCUUUGGCAAAGUACAGAGGGUGUACUGUAGACUUAACAGAAACCUGGCUAUUGUGCACUUCCAUGACCAUGCUUCAGCAUACAGAGCAAAGAAGAAGGGAAAGUCUUUGCACAGAGAAGAAAUUGCAAUAUUUUGGCAAAAAAAGAAAUCAAGUCCUGGAGACAAGGCAGAAAGUUCCUUGAAGAAUGAAGAGGAGGCGGAGACUAAGGACAAACAAGGCAGCUUUCAGCCCUCAGACACCCGCAAGGCUGUUUGCAGGUCCUCUGUGGCCGGCAAUAGCUCCCUCAGCAAAGGCCCGCCAUGCAGCUACCGCAGAGCUAGAGCGUCGGAGGACCAUGCAGCUCUGGGCCGCUUGCAGGCAGGCCUGCAGGCGCCCGGCCAGUCUACAGUGGUCGCUGGUGUGCGAUCUCCCAUUAAGAAAUCUUCCAGCACCAAGUGUCUGCAGUUUGAGGCGGAGUCCCAGCAUGACUCGGGCUCUGAGGGUCAGAGUUCAGAGCCCCUGAUUGGAGCACUGCCCUCCUCCCUGAACCUCCUGAUUGGCAGAGUGGCAGAGACGUCAGAAGAAAAAUACCGGCUUCUGGAGCAGAAAGACAAGAUUAUGCGGCAAGGCAGGGCAAAGAGGACUGAGUUGGACUUGUCCAAGGUCUUUGUGGGCACGUGUCCAGACAUGUGUCCAGAGAAAGAGCGCUUCAUGAGGGAGACCAGAAACCAACUCAGCAUCUUCGAGGUCAUCCCCGGCACAGAUAGGGUGGACCAUACAUCUGCUAUAAAAGAGUACAGCAGGUCUUCUGCUGACCAGGAGGAACCUUUGCCCCAUGAGCUGCGACCCUCAUCUGUGCUCAACAUGACCAUGGACUAUCUGGUGACCCAGAUCAUGGACAAAGGAGAGGGGAACUACCGUGAUUGGUAUGACUUUGUCUGGAACAGGACACGAGGCAUUCGAAAGGACAUCACCCAGCAGCACCUGUGCGACCCUCUCACAGCUUCCCUAAUUGAGAAGUGCACCCGCUUCCACAUCCACUGUGCUCACCACCUGUGUGAGGAGCCCAUGAUGGCCUUCGACGCAAAGAUCAACAAUGAGAACAUGACCAAGUGUCUGCAGAGUCUCAAGGAGAUGUACCAGGACAUGGCCACCAAGAAGAUGUCCUGUCCCGGGGAGGAGGAGUUCCGCCAGUACAGCGUGCUGCUCAAGCUCAAUGAUGGAGACAUCCUCAGGGAGGUGCAGCAGUUUCGCCCAGAAAUCCGGAACUCUCCAGAAGUGAAGUUUGCAGUGCAGGCUUUCGCCGCACUGAACAGCAACAACUUUGUGAGGUUCUUUAAGCUGGUUAGAGGGGCCUCCUACCUUAGUAGCUGCAUCUUGCAUCGAUAUUUCAACCAGGUGCGACGUAAUGCUCUGAAAGCACUGAACAUUGCGUACACAGUUGGCUCCCAGAGAUCGACCACCUUCCCCAUUGACGGUCUGGCGAGAAUGCUGAUGUUCCAAGAUGAUGACGAGGCUGCUGACUAUGCCAUGCAGUAUGGACUGAUUGUUAAUGACGGCAUGGUGGAGCUGAGUCGCUCUGGCUACCAGGAGCCUGAGGUCCCGAUCCCUCCCAGGAAGUCGGUGGAUAUCGCCCGCAAGAGGGCAGUGCUGAUCGGAGAGGUUGUGAAUGGGGGACCCUUGCACAGCCCACCCCAGCACAACCCCGUCAACAGCUUUGACUCAAAGAACAGAUACAGAGGGGAGGGCCUCAUGGCAGAGCAAGCAAGCACCGGCCAGAGGGGGCCUCAGGGAUCAGCAGCACCAGUUGUGAUAGUCAAACAGGAACUGAAGCCCUUGAUGCAAGACAUGCCAACAGUGCCAGUGGAACUUCAGAUUCAGCCACUACUGCCCCCUGCUGCCCAGCCUGAGCCUCAGCCUCCAUUACCUCCUCCCAAACCACAGCCGGUCUACACUGACCAGGAUAUAUGUGAAGUGAUACAGGCUGUACUUGAGGAUGUUUUGAAAGUAGAGUGCACUGAAGUGGCCAGAGCUGGAGCUGACUACACAUCUACAGCACUGUGCGUCUCAGAAACUGAAGUGGAAGUGUUGGUGGACGAGGUAGUGGAGCAGCUGCUUAAACAGACAUCCAUCACAGAAAUCAGUGCAGAGAAGCAGAAAGUAGAUGAAGAAAAACGCAGCAUCCAAGAAGCAAGGCUGAAGCAGGAGCGAGAGCUGUUCAUUGCCCGUUUCAGCUCUUCACUCUGCUCCGAGCUUACAGAGGAGGUGCUGGGAGACUUCAUUAACUGCACUGCUGCUUCGGAGAUACAGCAUGCUUUGCAGGAGAAGGCUGCUUGUAUCGCUCAUUGCACAGAGGAAGUGUGCUGUUACUUGAUGGAGCAAACCUUAGACACUGACAUUUACCAGCUUGCCAAGGACACCCUGCAGGUGGAGGUGCAGCGCAUCCACAAAUACCUCAAAAGGUGGAGGGAUGUGGUUGCAGUACGGAGGCAACUCAAGCGGCAGAUGAGGGGGUUCCCCGCAGCGCCAUGCUGUGUGGACCCCAAAUUCAAGCUAAAGGCAUUGGCACCAAGUGCUUUGUCCCCUCCAGCUCUGGAUUUCCUUGCUAAAGGACUGGUCAACAUGGGGAAUGCAGGGAACAUUGCUGUGUCCUGUACAAGGGUAAUGCAGAUGAGAGAUGAGGCAAUCCAUCGCAUGAAAGUGCAAUAUUAUCAGCAGCUGCUGCUGAGCCAGGCUGUGUGGACACCACUAGCCCUGCCAGAGCUGAUCUCUGAAAGUGUCUCAAGCGCCAGAGAGACAAUCUUCUGGAAAGCUGUCCUCCUUCUGCCCAGCGAAGAGGAAUGUGAAGCGAGCCUCACAAAUAGGAUUUUGUCUGAUUGGUUGAAAGCAAAGUUUGGUGGAGGUGAACAGUCAGAAGAUAUGGUCCAGCAUCCAGGCAACAAAAUCCAGACUCUUACAAUAUGUAAUAGUUUUAGAAACCGUAGAGAAAGCUAUGCUGCUGUUCAUGUCUGUAUUAAGAUGUCCCAAGGCUCUCUCGGUGACUGUGAGCUGAGCGAGGUGGAGGCUCAGAAGGAGCUGCUGGGGACCAGUGCUCUGGUCAUGUUGCUGCCAUCUCUGCGGGGGGCUGGGGGGCAGGAGGAGGAGGAAGAGGAGGUUGAGGAAGAGGAGGAGGUGUACUGGCUCUCUGCUCUGCUGCAGCUCAAACAGAUCCUGCAGGCCAAGCCCUUGCAGCCUGCACUGCCUCUAGUAGUGCUGGUGCCCAGGCAGGGGGAGCAAGCUGUCCGCGAGGAGCUGCUGGUACAAGGUUUAAUGCUCCAGAGUUUGGUUGCAGCACAUUUGAUUUCAGAAUACAUCUUUAUUCACAUCCCAGAGUUCACCAAUGAUUUGCAGGGAUCCAAACAGAUCUGCCAGGCAGUGCAAUGGCUGGCCUCCCGCUGCCCCCCUCCUCCAGAUCUGUGCGCUCAAACCCUGGUGCAGUUUGUUGAAGAUGGCCUGUGCAGGGAGUUCAGUGAGAGAUUUUACCACCACAAGAAGGCUCGGCAGGUACUGGGGAUGCCCUGCCAGGACCCUGCCCCAGUGAUCCAGCUCUACAACAGUGUGCUGGAUUUCCUUGCAGAGCUGGUCUCCUCCGAGCAGCUCUCCCAGCUGUCCUGGCCUGUGUGUGAGUUCAGAACGCUCCUUCCACACCUGGACUGGAACUCAGCGGAGCACCUUGCCUGGCUGUGGAGAGCCAUUCUCAGCCUCCACAUUCCACAGCUUGAACUCCCUCCUGCACAAGCUCCCUGGCCCGCUGUGUGUGCAGUGAUUUUCCAGUAUGCAUCUCAGAUCCCUUCAUCUAAGCAGACCCAGCCAAUCCUGAUAUCCAAGGUGGAGCACCUCCUGAAUAGAGUAUACACUGAGUGGAGCGAGAGCAGCUCCACAGGGUCCCCUGUGAACCAGGCUGAGUGGAGUGAGAGCUGCUCCACAGGGCCCCCUAUGAACCAGGUCCCCUGGGAUGACAUUGUGGCUCUUUGCAUAGACCAUCGCUUGAGAGACUGGAAACCCCCAGCAUCAGCUGUUGCAGAAGAAGCCAUAACAGAAGAUGGUCAUAUUGUGGUUUAUUUUGUUAAAGAAGAUGUAAAGAAGUACAAACCCCCACCCAGCUGGGAACAGGCACUGAGGCAAACCCAGGAGGAGCUGCAGCAGGAUCCAGUCGGGUUAAGCCCCCUCUCCACAAAGCCCGGUCUGAACUCAAGACAGAGAGUUUUGAGGAGCAUCUCUGAAGAGCAUGUGGAGAGCAGAAGGACCAGUGUGCUCGAUAUCACCCACAUUGCCUCUGCAGAGGAGCUGCUGCCAGACCGCCUACUUUCUAGUAUAGAGGCAGAGAAAGCAGCCAGUAACAUGUUUGAAAAGCAGUUGCAGCAGUGGCUGGAACUGGACCCACUGGAUUCCUUUUCUAUGCCUCUCUAUAUCCCGCAAGCCCUGGUUUCUGCCCCUGAGACCAUGCUUCCCACCACUCCAUCUGCUGCAGCAGUAACACAGGGUAUGGCGGAUUGUGACUCUUUGAGUUCAGCUCCUGUCUCCCUGGGAGAGCGUCUGAAAGAGCUGGACAGACUGAUUGGAGCCAACAAGGAAGAGGAGCUGGCCUGUGAGCUCCAGCUCAGCACUCUCCUUCACAUGGUGGACAACUGAGUGAGACGUGGUCCUAGUGGACAUCCCAGUGAGCAAAAUUAAGCAUUGCUGUAAAAUCCUUAAAUAAUAUCCUUCAAAUAUUAAAAAUGAACAUAUUGACUGCAUUUCUAUUUUUUGAAAACUUGUAUCCACCAGUUGGCACUGGUCCAGGACUAGAGAGACAGAAUUACUGAAAAUCCUGCAAGGACAAAACAUUUUUAAGUACUUGUGUUGCCACUAAUGUUGCCACUAAUGUUGCCCUUAGAACUUCUAGCUUAAGCUGUGUUCUUCCAAAUCUACAGAGCCACUUAGAGGCAGACUGUUGCUGUUUUAUCAGCAUGGAUAUCACAGAACUGUUAAGAGAUUAAAAUAAACAAGCUAUGAAUACACCUAAAAUCAUGAUUUCUGUUCACAGCUCUAAAUGACUUGGUCCAGAGAAGUAGCGUGUCUUUCAAAAUGCAAGACUUACUGUCAUAGACACAGGCUGUAGGCUCAGCAAUGCUUUAUUUAUACAGUCUUAAGUCGUUAGAUAAAUGACCUAAUAUGUACACAAUUUCCCUGCUAACCUAUACUAUAUUCACUGAUAAUUGGUACAUAUGUAUAUAUAGAUCAACCCAUGUUGUAUCCAGACUUUAACAUGUUUCCCAGUGGGGUUUUUUGUUUAUUUUGUUCAUUCAUAUAUGUUUCUGUAAUUCAAAGUACAGUACAUACUGAGUGAAUUAAUUUCUUCUUUUCUGAUUUUAGAUGUGUAUGUGAUGUGGGACUUUGCCUUAAAGUUGAUUUGAUGUAGAAAAUAAAGUUUUGAAUCACUUGA